UUCAUGCACUAUAAAAUUAAAUAAAAUUAAAUUACUAUAAAUUUCUAAACGGCGUCCACAAUAAAACAAAGAAAUGCGUCGUCGCUUGUUUAUUAGCGAUCACAAAAGUGAUAGCCAGUACAGCACCGACACUAAGAUCAUUCAUACCUCACUGACUCUCAUGAUGUAGACUCAGAUUUUAGAUGCGUUCAUAGAUAAUAAAUGAUAUAAAAUAAUUACUGAUACGGAAUUAUACCGAAACUGAUAUGUCACUGAUAUACCUAUGUGAACAAAGGUUUAAUAAAAAAUCAAUUCUCUUUGAUUUGAUGCUUUGGCGCACUUGGUGGCUAAACCAAGGAGUAGACUGUUUUUUUUAUUUGCAAAAUGACAUAUUAAUUCAGAUUUAUUUUAUAAUAUUAUUAUGUAAAAGACUGCUUACAUAUUAAAAAUAAAUUGAAUAAAAUGCAAAGCAGUAACAGCAACAUACAUAAAAAAGAAAGAGUAACAAGCACUUAUGCGGAAAUUUAUUUAGAUGAUGACUACUGUGAUUUUGAAAAAUCUGAUUAUGAAAAAUUAGAAAAUGUUAUCCAGACGGAUAACGAUGAUACCUGGAUAUCACCAAGUGAUUUGUUGAUUGGUGUGAUAGAGCUAAAACCGCCAUUUACAUCCAAAAUUACAAGAGGAAAAACUCAUGAAGGCAUUUUAACUAUUGGAGAUAACAUUUUUAAAAGAAAACGUGCUGCGUUUCUACAACAUUUGACAGAAUUAAUUAAUGAUAAUGAUAGUGGUUGGAUUCAUAUUCUAGAUGCUGAGAAAAAGUUAGUCGAAGCGAAAGUGAGGAAUAUUUAUCAUAAUAUCUUUCUUGAAAAAAGCAAAAUUAUGAGUAAGGAAAUGUCUAAUUUUUUUGAGAAAUCUCUAAAGAAAUUAGAAGAUAAUGUAAAAUCAGAAAUAGAAAUUAUCCUUGUUAGUGUCCAUGCUGGUAUAAUAAGCGAUUUAAACUUUGAGAUCAGGCAAAAAUUGAUCAAAGAAAGAACCAUUUUGGAAAAUAUUCUAAAAGAUCGGUAUGAGAGUGAAGUAAAUAAAAUACAAAUAUAUUAUAAAAUUCUUUUAGACAAUGAGUUGCAAAGACAAAACACCUUAACAAAUAAUGCAUUAUUUGAAAGAAACGAUGCCUUGCUUUCAUUUUAUAGACAGAUAGAAGCAGAAAAUUUAACGGGUACGAUGUACGUCAUGUGCGCUGAAAGAAAAAAGUGUAAAAUAAAACAGUUUUUAUUAGAAAACUAUCAAACUACAGAUUUAUCGGAAAAAAUAAAAAAGAUUAAAGAGCAAGAAAGUGUGUUAGAGGCAUUUAGAAAUAGAGAUAUGAAAAUUAGCCUUAUAAAUAAUGCCUGGGAAAACAAGAUAAGAAAUGUGCUACAGUUAUUUUUAAAAUUCAUUAGUUUUAGUUUGAAAUUAAUACCGGAACAAUCCACAUUUUUACUUGAUCUAGAAAAAAUGGUAGUUUUGCAAAUUAAUGAAUUUCAAAAGAAACCUCAAAAUGUAUCAACUAUACUGAUAGAUGAAAAUGAUGUCAACAAUAUAUUUCAAUUUGAAGAGCCAAGGGUUGAAGAAAAAACUUGCGACAACGAGCCUUUUGUAAUUGUAGGAGAUUUAAAUGACCCAACCCCACCAAAAUAUGGAAGUAGUGAAACUUUGGCUACUGAUGUUGAUUUACCGUAUUUUAGGGUACAAAGACAAUUCGUAUAUGCAAAAUGUCAUAAAUAUGAACAAAUUAAAGCUUUUUUAGAGUCUCAACGAUGUAAAUGUCAUGACGUACAAACCAUGCCACAACAAUCUGAAAGUGGAGAAUUAAGUGAUUCUCCACCUGCGAAAACACAUAGUACACCGCCAGAAAGCAUAUCUUCUGAAGAACCUCUGUUGAUUAAUGAUAUUCAACGACUUCAAGAUUGUCCAGCAAGAAACUGUCAAGAUUGGGCAAAAAGCUAUACUUUCCCCUACCUUGAUUCUUAUUUAGAUUUCAGUGAAGAAAAUUUUGAAAGAGUAAAAACUAUUCUUGGUGGGUCCACAACUAUUGAACCUCCACCUAAACUUAUCGACCCCAUGAAACUAGUGAAAGCUGAAUUACCAUUUUCUGCGACUAAGGAACUUUACCAUACUGUAGAAACACAGUAUUCAAGCCAAGAAGAUUUAAAUAUUACUAAUAUAACGUGUUCCUGUGUAAGUGGCCGUCUUCAUAAAACGUCAUCUUCACGAGAUAAUGUCAAAGUAAAUAAAAGUGAAGACUUACAAGAACUACUAAGCAAGCGUAAACAGUCUAUAAUAGAUGUAAUACAGAACAAUCCUAAACUUCUUAAAAUGUUCACGGAUGAAUGUUUCGAUUUCGUAUUUUAG